GAGGAAGGGCCGGCGGGGCGGCCGGUGCGGGCGCGAGCUGCUCCGCCCGGGGCAACGCGCGCGGCCGGGGGCGCAGAACGGCAGCGCGGCGCCUCCACCCCCAGGCAGCGUGCCCCGCCAGCCGUCGCUGCGUUCCCGUCCGGCCCUCGGGAGAUCCUGCCCUGUUGCUAAUUGUCAAGAGCUGUCCAGAGUCCUCCUCACACCAUCCUGCUGUGCUCCAUCCUGCUGUGCUCCUGAGGUGUGCCUUUCCCUGCUCUGAUGACAGCUCACACCAGGAUGCUGAGUAGCGGCCGCCAGCAGGGACUGGGACCAGUGAUGGGCACAGAGCUAUAAAGUCACAGCCAAAGGUUCUGAGAGCACGAGUGAAGAGCCUGAGCUGACCCAAAAGCUGUCUCCAGGAGGGACCAAGCUGCAGCUGGAUGUUGUGGGAAGCACAGAGCCCUCUGCAUGCUGGAGUUCAAGGGGAUAUUGCUUGAGGGACCAAAAAUGUGAGCAGCUUGGGACAGCUCCUUCCAGGCUUGGUGUGCUCCCAGUGCUCAGUGCAGGGACCUUCUAGCAUGCUCCACUCAGCGGGUGCCAGCAGCGGCCGCUCGGGACCAGGGACACCAGGCUGACCCUACACUGACUGACUGGCACUGGACCUGCCAAGCAGGAAUUGUGUUGGUGCUUCUGGAGCAGCUGGUCCAGAGAUCUCUUGGAAAGAACCGACCUUCCUUUGUCCAGCGUGCUGGGAUCUCUGCAGCAGCCCAUGCCGCAGCGCCUCGCCCGUUCCGCCCGAGCUGCCCAUGCCACUGGCCUGGACCUAACGUAGGCCGAGUCAGCGUGGCCUGGGCAGGGGGGAAGCAUGGGGAGCUCUGCCUCAUCGCUGGCCGCAGAGACGGAGUCGGACCAUGGCUUCGCUAGCUCGCCCUACGCGGGGCACCCGGCCGUGGGCUGGUAUAGGAGCAGCCCCGGCGGCCCCGUGUGGGAGAGCGCCCUUAUAACGCGGCAGCACCAGCACUUCCAGCACCGGCUGCGAAGCCACUCCCACUCUCCCGGCUCCAUGGCUGCCGUCCGCGAGUGGUCCUGCACGCGCUGCACCUUCCUGAACCCCGUGGGCCAGCGGCAGUGCUCCAUCUGCGAGGCCCCUCGCCAGAAGCCCGACCUCAACCACAUCCUGCGGCUCAGCGUGGAGGAGCAGAAAUGGGCCUGCGCCCGCUGCACCUUCAGGAACUUUCUGGGCAAGGAAACCUGUGAGGUGUGUGGCUUCACCCCGGAGCCGGGACCCAGUGGCUCCCCCUUGCCCGUCAUCAACGGCAUCUUGCCCAAGCCUGCCGUGCUGGUGGAGCCCAAGGGCACGUCCAAGGAGGAGGCUGCCAAGGCAGAAAGCAGCAGCGAGGACUCGGAGGGGAAGAGCCCCGACGAAGCAGAGCUGGAGAGCGGCUGGGCUUGCCAGCGCUGCACCCUGCACAACACGCCCGUGGCCAACUCCUGCUCUGCCUGCGGUGGCCCACGCAAGCUCUCCCUGCCCAAAAUCCCACCAGAGGCGCUGGUCGUCCCUGAAGUCAUCACCCCUGCUGGAUUCCACAUGGCCCCCUCCACCCCGCAGCCUUUAGUCUCUGCAGAGAUCUCUGAUGGCGACGCCGUGGCCCCCCAGGGUCCGGUGGCAAUGGAACAGGAGGCCCAGAAGAUAGCAGCCUUCAGCCCCUUCUCCCCGGGGCUCCAGAACAACCCUGUGCCGCGAAGCCGGCGGGAGGUGCCCCCACAGCUGCAGGUGCCGGGCCCCGAGGGCUCCCAGCCCGCGGCUGCGGGCGCCGUGGGGCAGAAGGGCUCUCCCCAAGGCCAGGCCAGGGCUGCCCCUGCCGCACGCUUCCCGGACCUGCUGUCCAACAAACGGCUGAGCGUGCUGGAGGAGGAGAUGGAGGUCAGUCCGUCCCACUGGAAGUGCAGCUCCUGCUCCCUGCUCAACUCCGCCGGCGCCGGCAAGUGCGAGGCGUGCAGCACCCAAAAAGGCAGCGACACCAUCAACCUGGUGGGGGACUCUGUGAGGUUCACCCCGUGCAGCCCCUCCAGCCCUGAUUUCACCACCUGGUCUUGUUCCAAAUGCACCCUCAAGAACCCCACGCAGGCCCAGAAGUGCAAGGUGUGCGGCUCCUCCAAGCUGCACGGCUUCCAGGAGCACGGGGCUCCGGGGGAGGCGGCGCCGCGCUGCCCUGACUGCGAGCGGCCCGGCUGCUCCUGCGCCAAGGCGCCGUCCGCCCGCAAGGUGGCUCGGCUCUUCCCGGCCCCGCUGCCCGCCGGCCAGGACAGGCCGGCCCAGUGGGCCUGUCCCGCCUGCACCCUGCUCAACGAGGUGAAGGCCAAGCACUGCGGCGCCUGCCACACUCCCCAGCAGUACGUGGCCCAGCACAAGGGCCUCAAGCCCCUCAAGAGGAGGGAGAGCAUGCACGUGGAGAAGAGGAGGCAGACGGAUGAGGGCGAGGCCAAAGCCCUGUGGGAGAAUAUCGUGACCUUCUGCAGGGAGGUGGCUCCUCGCAGCCUUGCUGCUCGAAGGCCCGGCUGCUUCUGGAGGCAGCCAAGGCCCCCCACAGCCCAGCUUUUAGCACCAGCACGAAGUGUCAGACAGUCCCUGCCCCGGGAGGCUCCUGUGAAACAGAAAAAGGCAGAUUGGAGUCACAGCCCGGAGCUUGGGGCUGGAGAGAACAAAGUCAAUUUUGUAGACGACAGUUUCCCCCCAGGGCCCCGGUCCGUGGGGUUCCCAGAAGGGGACAGCGUGCAGCAGCGGGUGAAGCAGUGGCUGCGGCCCCACGAGAUCAACUGCAGCAUCUUCAAGGAGCGCUCGGUGAAGUGGUCGGUGUUCCGCACGCCCCGGCCCUCGGACAUCCUGCAGGGGCUGCUGGGCAACUGCUGGUUCCUGAGCGCCCUGGCCGUGCUGGCCGAGCGGCCCGAGCUGGUGGAGAGGGUGAUGAUCACCCGGACGCUGUGCCCCGAGGGCGCCUACCAGGUGCGGCUGUGCAAGGACGGCACGUGGACCACGGUGCUGGUGGAUGACAUGCUGCCCUGCGAUGAGUGCGGCUACCUGCUCUUCUCCCAGGCCCAGAGGAAGCAGCUGUGGGUGGCCCUCAUUGAGAAGGCGCUGGCCAAGCUGCACGGUUCGUACUUCGCCCUCCAGGCCGGGCGUGCCAUCGAAGGCCUGGCCACGCUCACAGGGGCCCCCUGCGAGAGCCUGAUGCUGCAGGUCAGCUCCACUAACCCUCGCGAGGAGCCCAUUGACACUGACCUCAUCUGGGCCAAAAUGCUGAGUUCUAAGGAGGCUGGGUUCCUCAUGGGCGCGUCCUGUGGCGGAGGCAACAUGAAGGUGGAUGAUGUGGCGUACGAGAGCAUGGGGCUCCGGCCCCGGCACGCCUACUCCAUCCUGGACGUGAGGGAUGUCCAGGGCUUCAGGUUACUGCGGCUCCGGAAUCCCUGGGGCCGCUUCUCCUGGAACGGCAGCUGGUCGGACGAGUGGCCGCACUGGCCGCUCCCCCUGCGCCACGACCUGAUGCCCCAUGGCAGCAGCGAGGGCGUCUUCUGGAUGGAGUACAGCGACUUCAUCAAGUAUUUUGACUCUGUGGAUAUCUGCAAGCUGCAUUCAGACUGGCACGAGGUGCGUGUGCAGGGCAUGUUCCCCAACAAGGCCAACGGGCCGGUGACGGUGACAUCGUUGACGGUGUUGGAGCGCGCAGCUCUGGAAUUUGCCCUCUUCCAGGAGGGCAGCAGGAGGUCAGACACGGUGGACAGCCACUUGCUGGACCUGUGCAUCAUGGUUUUCCGGGCCACCUUCACCAGUGGCAACAAGCUGAGCCUGGGCCGGCUGAUGGCGCACAGCAAACGAGCCGUCAAGAAGUUCGUCAACUGUGACGUGAUGCUGGAGCCGGGCGAGUACGCCGUGGUGUGCUGUGCCUUCAACCACUGGAACACUGCCCUGGCCGGCCCUGCUGCCCAGGCUUCCAGUCCCACCAGCAGCCGACCAGCCACUGAUUAUUCCAGCUACAUCUUGGCCAUCUACAGCUCCCGCCUGGUGAUGGUGGAGCAGGUGGAGGCACAGCCCACCACGCUGGCAGAUGCCAUCAUCCUGCUGACCGAGAACAAGGGCGAGCGCCACGAGGGCCGUGAGGGGAUGACCUGCUACUACCUGACCCAUGGCUGGGCAGGGCUCAUCGUGGUGGUGGAGAACCGGCACCCCAAGUCCUACCUGCACGUGCAGUGCGACUGCACCGACAGCUUCAACGUGGUGUCCACUCGCGGCAGCCUCAAGACACAGGACAGCGUCCCCCCCCUGCACAGGCAGGUGCUGGUAAUCCUGUCCCAGCUGGAGGGUAACGCCGGCUUCUCCAUCACGCACCGCCUGGCGCACCGCAAAGCCACCCAGGCCUUCCUCAAUGACUGGAUGCUGACCAAGGGCACCCACAACCCGCUGCUCACGCCCGAGGUGGCCGGGCUGCACGGCCCCCGGCCCCUAUGACGAAGAGCUCCCCCUCCCUGCCCCACUGCCCCAUUCCUGUCACCGAGCCGCUGGCCCAGGGUGCCCCCCCGAGCCACCAGCGCUGAGCUGCGGGGCAGAGCCAGAGUGGCACCCCCAGCACUUUGCCCCACGCUGCGGGGCCGGGGCGAGCUCAGGGCCAGCACCAGCCCUGCCCGCUGCCCCCCGCCCUGGCACCGCUGCCCCCCACGCACUUUACAAGGAGCAGCUGGGGGCACGGGGCCAUCUCAGGAUCCCACCUGCCCCGUACCUGCGCUGGGCCCAGUGCCCUCUGCCCGCCCCGGGGACUGUGGGACAGGGAGGGGCUGGAGCUUGCUGUCGAGACCCUUCCCAGGCACCGCGCUCAGGACUCUGCCCCUUCCCGUGGUGCCAGGACACUGGCGCUGCAAAAAGAAGAAUAUACCUCUGAUGUCUGUCCGUC